UCGAGCUGGCCGGCCCUCAUUCAUUCAUGCAUUCAAUAGUGGUGUAGUAGUGUGCUCUUGUCAAAGGGUUGUUCUUCCUCCCAUCAGGGUUUGGUGGAUCGCGCCAUUGAUCGAUCGAUCGGCGCUAGGGUUUGGAGGAAGCAGCGCAUCUCUCAAACGGUGAGUCCGGGGGGCCAUUUCGCGGAUUUCUCGCGAGAAAUCCGCGAGUUUCGGGCGUGGGAAUGCGCGGGCGGCGCUGGCCAGCGAUGAUCGAUGGGACAGGCAGCCUGAGCAGGGAAGCUAGUGAGAAUGCGUAGGAGGAAAGGGAAAAUUUCCAACUGGAGCCUGGGAAUUUUCAUCGAUCCUGCCAGUGAUGGAUUUGCCGGCUCUUGGAUGGAAGUAGAGAUUUCUAGCAGUGGUGUGGGAUGGGGCAGUGCUACGGCAAGGUUGCCGUGACCGAGGAUUCCAAGCCCGAGGAGAAGGAGGCUUCAUACGCUAGGCAGGAUUCCCGGCAAGGAGCUGCGUCUCCAUACUCGGUUAAGUCCCAUUCUUCUCCAUUUCCUCCGGCGAGUCCGCUGCCCAAGUUUGCGAAUUCGCCAUUCCGGAAUUUCGGUACCUCUCCGGCAACUCCAAGACGAUUUUUUCGACGACCAUUUCCACCUCCUUCUCCGGCGAAGCACAUCCAGGCUGCUCUCGCCAAGCGGCAUGGGACUGCCAAGCCGAAAGAAGGAUCCAUUCCAGAGGGAAGCGAUGUGGAGAAGCCUCUCGAUAAGAACUUUGUGUAUGGGAAGAACUUCACGUCAAAGUACGAGCUGGGACACGAGAUUGGCCACGGUCACUUUGGGCAUACUUGUCUGGCGAAAGUAAGGAAGGGGGAGAUGAAAGGGCAGUCGGUAGCAGUGAAGAUCAUAGCCAAAGCUAAGAUGACAACAGCGAUCUCAGUGGAAGAUGUGCGAAGAGAAGUGAAAAUACUCAAGGCUCUCUCGGGUCACCAGAAUCUCGUCCGGUUUUACGAUGCGUGCGAGGACAAUCUAAACGUCUACAUAGUGAUGGAGCUUUGCGAGGGAGGAGAACUCCUUGAUCGGAUAUUAUCAAGGGGAGGGAAGUACACUGAAGAAGAUGCUAAGGUCGUUAUAGUACAGAUUUUAAGCAUUGUUUCGUUUUGUCACCUCCAAGGUGUUGUUCAUCGAGACUUGAAGCCGGAGAACUUCCUCUUUACUACUAAGGACGAGAAUGCAACUUUGAAAGCUAUUGACUUUGGGCUAUCAGAUUUCAUCAAGCCAGAAGAGCGGCUAAAUGACAUUGUUGGAAGCGCUUACUAUGUGGCUCCCGAGGUCCUUCACAGAUCUUACAGCACAGAGGCAGACGUUUGGAGCGUUGGUGUUAUAGCCUACAUCCUUCUUUGCGGCAGCCGUCCAUUUUGGGCAGACACCGAGUCGGGAAUUUUCCGAGCGGUGAUUCAAGCGGAGCCGAACUUUGUUGAUAAACCAUGGCCGACCGUUUCUCCCGAGGCUCAAGACUUCGUGAAGCAGCUCCUUCACAAGGAUAUGAGGAAGAGGAUGUCAGCAGCGCAGGCUCUCACCCAUCCUUGGAUACGUGGGAACCAUAAGGUGCCAUUGGAUAUGCUCGUGUACAGAUUAGUGAAGGCAUAUCUGCGCGCAUCUUCUCUCAAAAGAGCAGCAUUGAAGGCGCUGUCUAAAACCCUGACAGAGGAUCACAUGUAUUAUUUGCGAUGCCAAUUCGCGUUGUUAGAACCAAACAAAGGAGGGCGGGUUUCGUUCGAAAACUUCAAAACUGCUUUGAUGCGUAGUGCCACUGAGGCCAUGAAGGAGUCGCGGGCGUUUGAGAUCCUUUCUUCCAUGGACGCUCUGGCUUUUAAAAAGAUGGACUUUCAGGAGUUCUGCGCUGCGGCAAUCAGCGUGCAUCAGCUGGAAGCGUCCAGUGGCUGGGAGACUUUGUCUCGCACAGCCUACGAUACAUUUGACAGGGAAGGCAAUCGCUUGGUUAUCAUCGAAGAAGUUGCUCGGGAGGUAGGCCUUGGACAAACAGUCCCCGCUCAUCUAGUAUUGCGUGAUUGGAUUAGAAGUGAUGGGAAACUUAGCUUGAUUGGAUUUAAAAAGCUGCUUCACGGUGUCACGUCGAGGGCUCGCUCCAGGUUGCAGUAACUUAUAGAAGCAAGCAAGCAAGAAAAAAGUGAAGAACAAGAGCGAGAGAGAGAGAGAGAGAGAGAGUUUCCAAAUUCUUUGGGAGGGGGGGAAUUGAGAUCGAUGGUAGCUUCUCCAUUUUAUAGUGAUGGAGGGACGCCUGGCAUAGAUCAUAGAUUGUUUAUCUAGCUAGAUAUGAUACAGGGAAGAAGAAGGAAUUUCCAGGCGCUCAAAGUUUACAUUCUUUGGAGAUUUGGCGGAGAUUUGUGUCAACCACCAAUGUGACACGUAAGCAGAGAAGGAAAACGUGGAAGUUUCGAGCGUUGAGAUAUCGCAUUCCUGUGCCAAACGAUCCACAGUAAUUAAACUUUACAUUUUUUUGGC